UGUGAGGACAUAUUUUGUGUACCGACUUUUGAAGUAAUUGCAUCGAGUGAUUUAUAUUUAAAUUGACUUGGAUAUUAACUUAGUGUGAGGUGAAGUGUUAAGUGUAGAUACAGAGGAACUCCAGUAAAAAUUACAUAAUGGAUAAGGAUCAUAGCGAGGAACAAUUGUUCCCAGAGGACACUCAGCCGCCGGAGCAGGAUGAAAUAAACGAGUGCCUAAAUAAACUCAAGAAGUUGUUCAUCGCCAUAGACGCCAUAGUGAAAUCCAUAAUGGUCACUCCAGAAACCGGCAAAGAGACGCCGGAAAACUUGGAACUCACUCUCCAAACAUGCAAAGAUAGUGUUAUGACAAGGCUAGUCGAGUCUGUGAGGGAAUAUGAAGACUAUAUUAAGUCACUUAAAGAUGCUGAUUCGAAGGAGCCUACAGAAGAAGACGACUUUGAUCAACCAGAUUAAACAUUCGGUUUUAAGCAAAAAUUAUUAUUUAUUCGUUAUACCGUAUUUAGGUUAAGAAAAUUGUACGUUUAUUUGGUAUAAAAAUCAAUCAACAAUAUUUUUAUCGAUAUAAACUCAAAAUUACUGUCUCACAUAUGAUCGUUACAUAGAUGUUUCGGUCAUUAUUUUAAAGAUGUAUGUAUGUUUAUUUCGAAGUAAUUACCAAAUACCGAGGAAAAUUGUGGGAAUAGUUACCAUUUAGACAAAUCUUUU